ACCAGUGGAUUUCUGUAUCUUCAAAGGAUGCCUGUUACCCUCCCUGUCUUACUUCUUACUAUCACCCUACCAAAGCCAUCCAUCUUCUGGCACCAGUCUGUGGAUGCUGAAGGGAAGCACCACCACCUUCAAUGUAUCACCCAGGAGGAAUAUGCAGGUAGUUGGUUCUACCUGUACCAGGGAAGCAACCGGGAGCCCAUGGCUGAAAAGAAAGCCCUGCCCACACAAUCCAAAAUGACAUUUGCCGUCCAUGCCUUUGGCCCCGGUGAGCAAUUCCGUUGCAGCUAUGAGAUCUGGGAGGCAGGCAAGGCCAUUCACUCUCCACUGAGCAGCCCUGUCAACAUCACAGAGGAUCAUUACCCUAAGCCAUCCAUCGCUGUAAGUCCUGGCACCGAGGUCUUUGUAGGGCAGGACUGGAUUAUCCGUUGUUGGGCUCCAUCUUCAGGGGUAAGCUUUGUCCUCUAUCAGGCCAGGGAGUUUCGGAUUGAGGUCACCCCUCGAGGAGACUCCAGUGUCGCUGAAUUUUCCUUAAAGAACGUCACUACAGCUGAUGCAGGCCGAUACACCUGCUAUUACCACAGCACCACAGAGCCGGUCAUCUGGUCAAACGCCAGUGAUGGAGUGCAGCUGAGAGUCAUUGAUGCAGCCAAGGUCUCCAUUAUCAGGAAGUGUUGGUGGAUUCUGCAGGGAGAUAUCGAGUGAACUGCUCAUGCCCUCCAGUCCUGGGGGCUGGUACUAUCUUUACCAGGGCGGGCAACUCAUUGCUGAAACCAGAGUUUGGCAAGAUGGGAAACCACAAGUUUCAAUCUCACAGAAGGGCACUCAAUUUCACUAAGGGAGAGCUAACAUGCCAAUAUGAACAAUACCCACUCGAUCACACUGAAGUAUGGACACAAGGUAAGCCCAAAGGGAAGGAGAAA